AGGCCCAAACAAAACAAUUGAAAACUCACAUGCUUUCAACUGCAUUCUAACUCCAACUUUUUCUUUUUUCUUUUUUUUUUUCAACUUUUCUUUUUCUGGAGGUGGAUAGUAUUCUUGUCAUAAGUGCCUCAGAAUUGUCCUGGAUCAUUGCUCUGGCAACAAUUGCUGAAUCGAUCUUAGUUGAUCAUUCCAUCAUAUUUCAGUUACUGUGUACAAUGUUUUCCUGAUUCUGAUUAUUUCACUCUGCAACAGUCCAUGAAGGUUAUUCCUACACUUUGUGAAAUCAUCCUGUUCAUCACUCCUUACAGCACAAUAGCAUUCCUCCACCAUCUAUGCCACAAUUUGUUCAGUCAUUCCCCAAGUGAUAGAUAUACUUUUAAUUUCUAAUUCUUUGACAUCAUAAAAGAGCUCUAGCUAUUAUUAAUAUAACAAUUAGCUCUUCUCCUGACCCCAUGUGUAGUGCUAUAUGCUGUGGCUGAGGAAAGAAGUGAAAGAAGGACUUUGUGUGAAGGAAGAUAACAGAAGAUUUUGACAAGAGAUUGUAUUUGGGAGGGCAAAAAGUUAGUUGCCAAGAAAUCAUAAAGUACAGGUAGAAACCUUGGAAGGGUCGAAGUUCCUUGUUUCUCUUUCCACCCACUCAUCACGUAGUCUCAUUUCCUUCUCAGAUGCAGAUUCUUUUUUUUCCCUUUAAUUUGCAGAUCCAUUAGAAUUCAUAAAUCAGGAAUGAGAAAUCACACUGGGAUAACAUUGUACUUCCUACGGGGACUAACAGAUGAUCCACAGCUAAAGGUCUUGCUUUUUAUCUUUCUGUUUCUCAACUACUUCUUGAGUCUAACUGGGAAUCUGACCAUCAUCAUCCUUACAUUGGUGGAUCCCCACCUGAAAACUCCCAUGUAUUUUUUUCUCCGAAACUUCUCCUUCUUAGAAGUCUCAUUCACAACAUCCUGCAUUCCCAGAUACCUCUACAGCAUAUCCACUGGGGACAAUAGUGUUACUUAUAGUGCUUGUGCCAUACAACUAUUUUUAGUCAUCUUUCUUGGGGCAGCAGAGUUCUUUCUUCUAGCCACCAUGUCUUAUGAUCGCUAUGUGGCCAUCUGCAAACCUCUCCAUUACACAACUAUCAUGAAUAACAAAGUAUGUAACUGGCUCCUGCUGAGUUCUUGGCUGUCUGGGCUGCUGAUCAUUCUCCCACCACUUCUCAUGGGCCUCCAAUUAGAAUUCUGUGACUCCAAUGUUAUUGACCAUUUUUCCUGUGAUGUAUUUCCCGUAUUAGAGCUUUCAUGCUCAGACACGACAUUCAUAGAAAAAAUAGUUUUGACUGAUGCUAUACUGACACUCAUCAUCACCUUACUCUUUGUGUUUUGGUCUUAUGCCUCCAUCGUCAGGACAAUUCUGAGAUUCCCCUCUGCCCAGCAAAGACAAAAGGCCUUUUCUACUUGUUCAUCUCACAUGAUUGUUGUUGCCAUCUCUUAUGGUAGUUGCAUCUUCAUGUAUGUCAAAUCUUCUGCAAAUGAAAUGGUAGCUUUGAACAAGGUGGUGUCAGUUCUCAUAGCCUCUGUUGCACCAGUGAUGAAUCCUUUUAUUUAUACCCUGAGGAACAAACAAGUCAUACAAGCUUUUAAGGACUUAGUUAAAAAGAUUGCAAUUCUCUUAAAACAAUAAAAGACUACUGAGUUCCAGAUGCCAAAUGGAAAAAAAAGAGUUGUCCAAAAUUCUGCAAACCUUUAUCAUUUGUCUUACAAAUCAUUCUUUUCUAAAAUCUAUAAAAUAUUACCUUAUCCUUGAUCAUUUUUGUCAUAUAGGGAGUACCUCCCUCUUUCUGUACUGAUAAAUGUAUCCCCUCCUUAUAUAUUGUUGACAUCUGUGGUUCUUUCUGCCCUCCCACUCACAGCUCCUCUAAGGCUCUACUGUUUAGUGUAGCUACUUCUCUAAUCCACUGGCUCAAGCUCACCUAUACUCUCAGUCAGAUGGAGUUGAUUGAUAAAGAGCUGAACAUGGAAUCAGGAAGUCUUAGACUCAAAUUCUAUUUCAGAAAGCAACUCACAGGAUCACAGAUCUAGAAGAGCAACAGACUUUAGGUGUCAUAUAUUGCCCUCACAUUUUGUAAGUAAGUAAACAGACCAAGAAUAAUUAAGUAACUUGUCCAAAGUCAUAACAGGGUUAAGAUUUUAACCAAGGCCUUUUAUCCCAAAGUCAAUUAUCUUUCACAGUAGUUUAUUUCCUGAACUUUCCCGCUCUGUAACCAAAAUCAAGUCAAUUUUGCCUUGACUAAAGGAAAAACUGUGUUCUGUUCACCACCCCUUUAAUUUUCUUCUCCAAAAAUAUAUGUCAUUUCUUUGCCUGUUAGAAUAUAAGUUAUUUCAAGACAGAGAGUACUCUGGAUUGUAUUUUUUGUAUUUGUGUCUCCACCUCUCAGUGCAGUAUUUGUUGUAUAGUAGGUCCUUAACAAUCACUGAUUCUCAAAGUGAUUGUGGACUCAUAGGGACUUUAUAGGGUGUUACACAGACUAUAUACAGACGGAUUGACAUGGAUCUCACUUGCUAACAAUCCCAAAUAUAUCUAUCCUCUGGAUUACCCUGAAAAAUGGAGGAGAUGGAUGAAUUGAAUGAUCUGUAAUGUUUCUUCCACUUCUAAAUCUAUGAUGCUAAGACUCAGUCAUUUUAUGACUGCAUCUAUAGGAAUGUGGGAUUUUCUGGAGAAUGAGAGUCUACCCCUUUAUACAUCUUAAGUGCCUUUCCCUUACAUGGAAAAAUACAAUGGACAUAAGAGUUAUCUUGACUCGAUUGAUAUAGUUGUAUUUUCUGUGUUAAUUAACUAUGGGAUAAAAUAAAGGCCCUUUUUGUUUUUGAAAAAUUUUGAAAAAAUAUAUAUUUCACUUGUUUGUACUUUCAUGAUAGAACUGAGAGCUCUUAAUGUUUUCUGUAGAGGCCAAGUCAAGAGCCCUAUUCUGAGGUGGCCAGUAGGAAGAGUAGAAGAGAAGAAAUGGAGCUGAUUAAGAGCCACAUGAAAAUAACUUUCUAAUUGAUAAAUAAUGAAAUAAAUGUAAUUUGUAUGAUGAAGUUUCAUGGCACAUCUAGGAAAUUGCCAAAAAAAAUCCCCAACAUAAAAGUAGUGUGGAGAGAACUUUGUGAAGAUAGGUACACUUAUAUGGUAUAUGGAUAGAAAUGUAAAAUGGUUCGACAUUUCUGGAAAACAAUUCAUUUUCUCAAAAUCUAAACUGUUCUUGACCUUAGAGACAUCGAUACCUCUCUUAUAUUUAUAUGUAUAUGCUGAGGACAUCAAAGGUAUCUAUUCUAAGAGUUUUAUAUUGUUUAGGCGUUUCCUGGUUCCACAAAGCCCCUUUGCUGGUAAGUGAUAAACCUCUUAUCAUUUCUACAUUGCAACAUAGACAUAGCUUAUAAUUUGAAUUGUUUCUUUUCUAUAGGUAUACUAUUAGGCCCCAUACUUAUCCUAUGAUCCUGACUCCUCCUUUUAAUAAUUAUAGGAAGUCAAAACCAUUGAAACAAACAAUU